UCUGCUUUUUCAGUGUGAUGUGAUGGCCCUCAAACACCACCAACCACUUUAGCAAAGAAGGGCAUUUUCAGCCCUCAACGCCAACAUCUUGUGCUCCAGCAAAUACAUUUGUUAAGAAAAGAAAUGCUAUCAGCGGGGCAACAGGUGGCAUAUUGCAGCCAAUCAUGAAAGGUUAUAAUAAGACAGAGGGAGUACAUGUGAGAUAGAGGAUAAAAAAUGAGAAAGAGGGGGACUAAGGUGAAGGGAAAUCCAGUGGCAAGCAUUUUUUCCACAACUGCAGUUACACAAUGCUGAAAUAAAGGCCUGGUGACUUUCCAGUGCUAGUGUAGGGUACUUCCCUGGAAAUGCAUUUGCCUAUUGUACUCCUCUCUGUUUGCUUAGAAGGAAUUCAGAAGGGAUUUGCUUUCUCUUGUUUCACAAGCCCCACGCUUUCACGCUGACCGAAGUGGAUACGCACCAGCUGGCUAUGUCUGUCACCACUGCCGGGUGGGAGAAUUCCUGAUUAUACUUAGAUCCCACAGACCCUGCUCUGUCAUUAGCAGAGAAGGUCUGCUUGUGCACCGCAGUCUGAAAUGCAGCCAUCCGGGAAUGCUGAAUGCCUUGCUUGAAGGAGCCUUCUGGAUCAAACAUGAAUGACCUGCUGAAGGUGCCCCUGGUGCACGUCCUCAUGCUGGCAUCCCUCAGCUUGGCCGAAACACUCCUGAAAGCUCCAUUGAUCAGCACUCCUCUGGAAACUGUGGAUGCCCUGGUAGAGGAAGUCGCUAAGUUUGUCUGUGUAGUGGAGUCAUAUCCUGAGCCAGAAAUUACAUGGACACGCAACGGAAUUCCCAUCAGGCUGUUCGACACCCGGUAUAGCAUACAGAGGAACGGGCAGCUUCUGACCAUUUUGAGUGUGGAGGACAGUGAUGAUGGGGUGUACUGCUGCACAGCGGAUAAUGGGGUUGGAGCAGCUGCCCAGAGCUGUGGAGCUCUCCAAGUGAAAAUGCGACCCAAAAUAACCCGACCACCUGUAAAUGUAGAAAUAAUAGAAGGGUUAAAGGCUGUUCUUCCUUGUACUACAAUGGGGAACCCAAAACCUUUUGUUUCAUGGAUCAAAGGAGAAACAGCUGUAAAGGAGAAUGCUCGCAUUGCUGUCCUCGAUUCGGGGAAUUUAAGGAUCCACAACGUUCAAAGAGAAGAUGCAGGACAAUAUCGAUGUGUAGCCAAGAACAGCCUGGGCACAACUUAUUCAAAACCUGCAACAGUGGUAGUGGAAGUUUUUGCCAGAAUCCUGAAGGCUCCUGAAUCCCAAAAUAUCACCUUCGGGUCUGUGGUGACAUUGCAGUGUUCAGCAACCGGCCUUCCAGUCCCCACUGUCACCUGGCUGGAAAAUGGGAAAGCAGUUUCUGCAGGAUCUGUAGCAGAGAAUGUCAAGGGCAGAGUGGUUGACUCCAGAUUGCAGGUGUAUGUCACCCGACCCGGCUUGUUCACUUGCCUUGCCACAAACAAACACAGCAAAACUUUUGGAGCUGCCAAAGCUGCAGCAACCAUCAGUGUUUCAGAGUGGAGCAAGCUAUACAAGGGUGAUGCAGGCUACUGCAGCAUGUACAGAGGUGAGGUGUGUAGUGGUAUCUUGGCAAAGGAUGCUCUUGUUUUCUUCAACUCCUCCUAUGCUGACCCAGAGGAGACCCAAGAGCUGCUUGUGCACACUGCCUGGACUGAACUGAAAAUGGUGAGUUCAUUCUGCCAACCGGCUGCUGCGUCUCUGCUGUGUAACUACAUCUUCCAGGAGUGCAAUCCCUCAGGAGCUGGGCCAGCUCCAAAACCAAUGUGCAGAGAGAAUUGCCUUGCUGUAAAGGAUCUCUACUGCUUUAAGGAAUGGCUCUCAAUGGAGGAAAACACUCAGAAGGGGAUUUACAAGCCAGGGCUGAUGUCGCUAAGUCUUCCUGAAUGCAACAGGCUGCCCAGCCUGCACCAGGACCCCAGUGCCUGUGCCCACAUCCCUUUCUUUGAUUUUACGAAUGAGAAUAUAACCAGGACUUGCUACACCGGCAAUGGACAGUUUUACCACGGCUGGGCCAACAUCACUGUCUCUGGCAUUCCCUGCCAGAAGUGGAGUGACCAGGCUCCCCAUUUGCACAGGAGGACUCCUCAAGUUUUCCCUGAGCUGUCUGAUGCUGAGAAUUACUGCCGCAAUCCAGGUGGUGAGAAGGACCGUCCCUGGUGCUACACAAAAGACCCAUCCGUGACCUGGGAAUACUGCAAUGUGUCUCCCUGUGGAGAUGCAUCAUUAGCACUAGGAACAAGAAAACCAAAUGGAGAGACUCCAAAUCUGCCACCUCCUCUUCCAUUUUCCCCUACAUACUCCAUGACUGUUAUCAUCUCAAUCAUCUCCAGCUUUGCCUUGGUCAUGAUCCUCAGCAUUGUGACCUUGGUUUGCUGCCGCCAGCGAAAGCAGUGGAAAAACAAAAAAAGAGAGUCAGAGACACCAACGCUCACGACUUUGCCCUCUGAACUCCUUCUGGACCGGCUGCAUCCCAACCCGAUGUACCAAAGGACACCCCUUCUCCUCAAUCCAAAAUUGCUCAGCCUGGAAUACCCCAGGAAUAAUAUUGAAUAUGUAAGAGAUAUUGGGGAAGGAGCAUUUGGGAGAGUCUUCCAGGCAAGGGCACCAGGGCUGCUGCCAUACGAGCCUUUCACAAUGGUGGCAGUGAAAAUGCUGAAGGAGGAAGCAUCUGCAGACAUGCAGGCUGACUUUCAGAGGGAGGCAGCCCUAAUGGCAGAGUUUGACAAUCCAAAUAUUGUCAAGCUUUUAGGUGUUUGUGCUGUUGGGAAACCGAUGUGCCUGCUGUUUGAGUACAUGGCCUAUGGGGAUCUAAAUGAGUACCUGCGUGACCGCUCACCCCGCAACCUCUGCAGCCUGGUGCAUGGGAACCUGGAUGAGCAGAUCUGCUUCCCCAACCCCCUUGCGUUGUGCUGCACCAGCCAACUCUGCAUUGCCAAGCAGGUGGCUGCCGGCAUGGCGUACCUCUCUGAGCGCAAGUUUGUCCACCGGGAUUUGGCUACCAGGAACUGCCUGGUGGGGGAAAACAUGGUUGUAAAAAUAGCUGAUUUUGGUCUCUCAAGGAACAUGUAUUCAGCUGACUAUUACAAGGCAAAUGAGAAUGAUGCCAUCCCCAUCCGCUGGAUGCCCCCUGAAUCCAUUUUCUACAACCGCUACACUACAGAGUCUGAUGUGUGGGCCUACGGGGUGGUGCUGUGGGAGAUCUUCUCCUAUGGCAUGCAGCCCUACUACGGGAUGGCUCACGAGGAGGUCAUCUACUACGUGAGGGAUGGGAAUGUCCUCUCUUGCCCAGACAAUUGUCCCCUGGAGCUCUACAACCUGAUGCGCCUCUGCUGGAGCAAGCUACCCUCUGACCGGCCAGGCUUUGCCAGCAUCCACCGCAUCUUGGAGCGCAUGUAUGAGAAGGCUGUGGAAACCCUAUCGAUCUGAGGGAUGUGCCCUGUGUCCACCCAUCCAGACUGACUCAGGCCGGCCCAUGGGCUUGAGAAUGGUAGCUUGACACAAAACUGCAGUUCAGGGGGAGGAGAAACAGAUUGUUCCUCUGCCAAUCAGGAAGUGUGGACUGCAUUCUCCUGCAGUGGGCCAUACUUCCCUGGGUGGGACUGUCCCCUCCAAGUGACAGGACUGACCCCUGGCCAUCAAGCUUGGACUCUUUGAGUUGGUGAGGGUGCUGGCCAUACUAUCUCAGUACCUAUAUUAGGCAUUCCCAGCA